CUUUAUUUAUGUGGCUUUAAAGAGUGCAAGAACCCCAUUUUAUAACAUUUUGGGAUUGUUGCAAGCGGUUGAAGAACAUGUCUCAUUUUAUUUUAUUCUGUUAUUGUUUGUGCGGUCUGUUUGGUGUGUUUAGUGAGUCUGUGUCAGUGACUGAAGGAGAUUCUGUCACUCUGUCUGUGAAUCUCACUGAAGUGAAAGAUAGAAUCUACUGGAAGUUUGGAGCUCAAGAUGUUGUCAUAGCUGAGAUCAAUGCAGUGAACAAUAACAAGAGUUUAUAUGAAGACAGAGCUGAUGGAAGAUUCAGAGACAGACUGAAGCUGGAUCACACUGGAUCUCUCACCAUCAACAACAUCACAAACACACACUCUGGACUUUAUAAACUCAUCAACACCAACACAGAGAAACAACUCAAUAUAUUCAACAUUACUGUCUACGCUCGUCUGCCUGUUCCUGUCAUCUCCAGAAACUCUUCUCAAUGUUCUUCAUCAUCAAAUUGUUCUGUGUUGUGCUCAGUGAUGAAUGUGUCACAUGAUGUGAGUCUCUCCUGGUACAAAGGAAAGGGUUUAUUGUCCAGCAUCAGUGUGUUUGAUCUCAACAUCAGACUCUCUCUACCUCUGGAGGUGGAAAAUGAAGACAACAACACAUACAGAUGUGUCAUCAACAAUCCCAUCACAAACCUCACACAACAUCUCAACAUCACUCAACACUGUCAGACAUGUUCAGGUGUUAUUCAUAUAGUUGUGAUCUGUUGUGCUGUUGUUGGACCUGUGAUGAGUGCACUUCUCAUCUUCUGCAUCAGAAAACAAACACACACACAACAACAACAAGAUCAGGCCGAUGAAGAUCAGAUCACUUAUGCAGAUACAACGUUCUGUAAAAGUCAAACUCAUAAACCGAGUGUGCUGGAGGAUGAUGUGGUGUAUGCAGGAGUCUUGAGAAGAUGAAGAUAAACUCUCUCUCCAUAGACGUUCAGAUUACAGUAAUUUAACACACCUGUUUAAACUGUAUUAAAUGUCAUUGAAAUAAUGCAAUACAAGCAAACACUGUGAGUGGAGUUUAUUUGUUUUCACUGCUGUCUUGAUAUGAAUUACUGAAAUAUGAAUGCACAAAAGAUAUGAAAAGAGAAUUGUUUCUGACUACACGUUCUGACAAAUGUUUCAUGUAGA